AAUAAAAUCUAUAUUAUCAGACAAGUCACAAGUGACGUCUUCCUAAAGACCUACAUAAUACAUUUGGUUUUGACAUUUCAUUAAUUUUGGGUUCUUUUGUACAAUUAAAUACAUCAAAAAUGACGAAAUUUAUCACCAAUCGAUCAACAGUAACCAGUAUUACGCUGUUAGCUACAACAUCAGUUUUUCCAAAAGUGUUAGCCAAGGAAGAAGAACCAAAUCUCGUCAAACCUAAAGAUUUAUCUAUUUAUCCUGACGAAAAUAAAGGAAAAACUGUUGAACAAGAGGACAAUUGGAAACCAACAAUAGCAUUAGACACCAUUAAAAAAGUUCGUGAAGAAGUUGUAAAUUUCAAUACUAGAUUGUCAGGGAUCAGAGAAAGAGGGUCUACUUUCUUUCAAACAGGAAUUGCCCAUACAGAAUCUUUUGUGGAUAAUUUGCGUCAAGAGAACAAUUCGACAUUAAGAGCUGGAUUUGUUGUGGGCGGUGGUUUGACUGGUUUAUUGUUAGCGAUAAGAAAAGGAAAAUUUAAGAAAAUCAUUUAUACAACAAGUGGAGCAACUGCUGCGUUUUAUGUGGGAUAUCCAAAAGAAUCUGAGGAAGUUUCAAAAACGAUAAAACGUUAUUCUUUAGUUUCCUAUCAUUUAAUUAAUAACAUAACCAAAGAUGUAACUGGCUUUGAAUUACCUCCACUACCAGCGCCAAAAGAUUUAGAAACUUCCAGUGAAAACAAACCAGAUUUAAAAACAUUGUUUAGUUCAUCAAUUGAAUACAUCAACGGAAAGUUUGACUCUUUAAAAAAACUUAUUUUAAACAACAAAGAUGUACCUGAUGAUAAAAGUAAAUAAAAGUCAAAUGUAUCAUUGCUAUUAAUAGUAUAUGGCGAUUACAAAUACAAUUUAGCAUGGAUUUAGAACUAUUUAAUUAACAUGCUCUACUUAAACGAGCAAUCACAUCUUCUUUACCAAGGAUUACCAUCAUUUCACUUACACUUGGCCCUUGCUGUAAAACAUAAGUGAUUUGAUUAAUAUAAAUAUUAAAAAAUCGAAACAGCCUGUCGACUUACCUUCAGGCCACUAAUAAUAUUACGUAAAGUUUUCAUGAAUUUACUGUAGAUAAUAUUAUUUGAUUUAGAAAACUUGUGUAACGUCUCCCCUAGAUUAUCAACAUCAAAACUAUCCAUAUUGAGUAGAUGUUCUUUUAACUGCAUUAUAAGUUCUGAAAAAAAAAAAAAUUAUUGUAUUAAUCUGUAGUGUUAUUAUUAUGAUCAUUGAUAGUCUGUAUUUUGGUUACCUUUAUCAUAAUUCAUAGUUUGUAGAGAAGAUUCUGAUGGCUUCAUCCAAAUAAACUUAAAAUUCUCAUUUACUAGUUCA